AUGUCCGACGACCAACACGACGGCAGCAUCCGUUCAAGGCUGCGUAAACAGCACGGUUCAAAGGAUCUCAUCUCCGUCAAAGCCGCACUCAACGGUAGCCAGGGUUCCGACUCCAAGGAUUCGAAUUGGUGGGUGGUGUUGAAUCUGGCGUUUCAGAGCAUUGGCGUCGUUUACGGUGAUAUCGGAACAUCACCGCUCUACACUUACGCGAGCACUUUCAGCGAAGGAAUAAAGCACAGAGACGACGUGUUGGGGGUUCUUUCUUUGGUGUUUUAUACUCUCACCCUCCUUCCUCUUAUUAAGUAUGUCUUCGUCGUCUUACGAGCAACCGAUAAUGGCGAAGGAGGAACGUUCGCACUCUACUCACUGAUUUGCCGAUACGCGAGAGUGAGUUUGAUCCCGAGUCAACAAGCUGAAGACCGUCAAGUAUCGAAUUAUAGACUAGAAUUGCCUAGCAAGCGUCUGAAACUAGCGUCGGUACUCAAGUCUAGCUUAGAGAAUAGCCAAUUUGCUAAAAUUUUCUUAUUGUUUAUCACCAUGCUCGGUACUUCCAUGGUCAUUGGCGACAGCGUCCUCACUCCUUCAAUCUCUGUUUUAUCUGCCGUUGGUGGUGUCAAGGAAGCAACAUCUCACUUGACAGAAGAUAUGAUUGCUGGGAUUUCGAUAGUGAUAUUGGUGUUUCUCUUCAUGAUUCAAAGAUUUGGAACUUCCAAAGUCGGUUAUGGCUUUGCUCCCAUUCUUUACGUUUGGUUUAUACUCAUCGGUGGAAUCGGUUUCUACAACAUCGUGAAACAUGAUACCACAGUGCUUAAAGCCAUCAAUCCAAUGUACAUUGUUGAUUACUUCAUCAGGAACAAAAAGGAAGCUUGGGUUUCUCUUGGUGGAGUUGUUCUCUGCACAACAGGAGGAGAAGCACUGUUUGCUGAUGUUGACCAUUUCUCGGUUCGAUCCAUUCAACUUAGUAUGUGCUCCCUGGUGUACCCGGCUUUGAUUCUGGCCUACACGGGACAAUCCGCCUACCUUCUCCGACAUCCCGAUGCGGUUUCCGAUGCGUUUUUCAAAGCUAUUCCAGGUCCUAUGUUUUGGCCAAUGUUCAUAGUGUCCAUAGUGGCUGCAGUUAUAGCAAGCCAAGCAAUGAUUUCAGGUACUUUCUCGAUUGUCCAUCAAUCACUUUCCCUCGGCUGUUUCCCUCGAGUCAAAGUUGUCCACACAUCUGCAAAUCAUGAAGGACAAGUUUAUAUACCAGAAGUUAAUUACUUUCUGAUGUUUGCUUGUGUUGCUGUCACCUUUGGUUUCAAGACCACAGUAAAAAUCGGCAACGCUUAUGGAAUUGCUGUUGUGUUUGUAAUGACACUCACAUCAUCAUUGCUGGUUCUCAUCAUGAUUAUGAUAUGGAAAACCAACAUAUUUUUGGUAAUCCUCUAUGUUGUUACCAUUGGAUUUGUGGAGCUGCUGUAUCUGAGUUCGGUUCUCUAUAAAUUCUCCUUUGGCGGGUACUUGCCGCUGGCGUUUUCGGCGUUUCUGAUGACUGUCAUGUAUGUUUGGAACAAUGUAUAUAGAAGGAAGUACUUUUAUGAGCUUAACCACAAGAUUCCCUUGGCAAGAUUAAAGGACAUCUCCGCCAACAAGAAAAUGGCUAGGAUUCCUGGACUUGCUAUGUUCUAUUCGGAGCUGGUUCAUGGUAUCCCUCCCAUAUUCGAGCACUAUGUUUCGCAUGUACCGGCAUUGCAUUCGGUCAUCGUCUUUGUUUCCAUGAAGUCACUCCACAUUAACAAGGUCACGGAAGAAGAGAGAUACUUUUUCCAAAGAGUCGAACCGAGAGAACUCUGCGCCUUCCGGUGUGUGGUUCGAUAUGGAUACAAGGAUGUUAAGGAGGAGGCCUUCGAGGAAACGUUGUUCACAAGACUGAAACAGUUCAUACAAGAAGAAACUUUGCUGCAACUCCAUACGGUAUCAGCCAACAAGAACAUGGUCGAACGGGGAAGUGAAUCCUACAGGGAGAUCGCCGAACCAGAUGACGAGAUUGAGAAUGCGGAUCAAACCAAAGCAGACAAUCUUCAACAGAUUAUGAGACAAGAAAUUGAACAAGUGGAGAAUGCAUGGGAAGAAGCCGGCAUGGUUCACUUGAUAGGUCAGAGUGAGGUGAUUGCAAGCGAAGAAGCGGGCAUAAUGAAGAGGAUUCUCAUCGAUUAUGCUUACAAUUUGCUGAAGAGAAACCUGAGGCAAAGCGAGACGGUGUUUAAUAUUCCACACAAGCGAAUGCUUAAAGUCGGCAUGACUUACGAACUUUAAAACAUCUUCAUAUAUGUAGAAUAAUGAUAUUUGGGUA